AGUUUUCUCCCAAGAAAAAAAAAGAGAAACCGAACAGUAAGUGGGGAACCUUGAAGCUAGUUCAAACUAGUGGGAGGUUGAUCCACGUUCUAACUUCAAAUCCAAAAACACAAAUCCAAACCUGAAAAGCAUCAUAUAGAGAUGGUUCGUGGAAAGAUUCAGCUGAAGAGGAUCGAGAACCCGGUUCACAGACAAGUAACGUUCUGCAAAAGGAGAACUGGUCUUCUCAAAAAGGCUAAGGAGCUCUCUGUGCUCUGUGACGCCGAGAUUGGUGUUGUAAUUUUUUCUCCUCAGGGCAAGCUCUUUGAGCUUGCAACUAAAGGAACAAUGGAGGGGGUGAUUGAUAAGUACUUGAAGUGUACUGGUGGUCAUCGUGGUUCUUCUUCUGCUACUUUUACUUCUCAAGAACAAUUUCAACCCCCAAAUCUUGAUCCGAAAGAUGAGGUCAAUGUGCUUAAGAAAGAGGUUGAGAUGCUUCAGAAAGGAAUAAGUUAUAUGUUUGGAGGAGGAGAUGGGGCGAUGAAUCUUGAAGAACUUCUUCUGCUAGAGAAGCAUCUUGAGUAUUGGAUUUCUCAGAUCCGCUCUGCUAAGAUGGAGAUUAUGCUUCAAGAAAUUCAAUCCUUGAGGAACAAGGAAGGAGUCCUCGAAAAUGCCAACAAGUAUCUCCUCGAUAAGAUAGAGGAGAACAACAAUAGCAUAUUAGAUGCUAACUUCGCAACAGUGGAGACUAACUAUUCUUAUAUUCCACUAGCCAUGCCAAGUGAAAUAUUUCAGUUCUAGACCAUAGGAUAUUUGAAGACUAUGUCUUACGAAUUCAAAUAAUCUUUGGUAAGCAUAAUUAGUGUUUUAAAAUCAUGCACAAGUAUAAUAAAGUAUGUGGUACUUGCUAGGCUAUUGAAAAUCUAUUUGUAACUUUUUCCUCUUGUUUUAAUUUAUUGGUGUG